GGGGGCUGUUGUGAGCUUUGGCCAGCCUCCAGCCAGCUAGGUGGAGCGUGUGUAUGUGUGUGUGUGUGCGCGCGUGUGUGUACACGCGCGAGCGCGCGUCUGGGCGCGUGCGUCUGUCUGACCACAGGUAGUGCUCAGAUUACCCUGCCUGUACUGUUCUCUGCUGUUCUCUACCGUCUGCCCAGGACGGUGCGGCUCAGCCAGUCACAGCACUGGAAUCCCAGGAGCAUGGAAUUUGGAGUUCUGUGAACAACUGAAGUGGAACACGGACCUCUCCUGGCCUAGGAAACAGCACCAUGGACGGCAAGCCAGGGGGCAGGAGCAGUAAGUCCUGGAGACCAGAAGACAAUCCUGACACCAGUUUCUUUUCAAACCCAUGGAUGGGGGAUAUUGUGUCUGAUUGGUCUCCUAUGCACGAAGCUGCUAUCCAAGGACGUCUGUUGUCUCUGAGAAGCCUCAUCAACCAGGGGUGGCCUGUGAACCUCAUCACAGCAGAUGGUGUGUCCUCACUCCAUGAAGCCUGCCUUGGAGGUCACGUCUCUUGUGCAAACAUUUUAUUAAAGCAUGGAGCUCAGGUGAAUUGUGUCACCGCCGACUGGCACACUCCUUUGUUCAAUACCUGUAUCAGCGGCAGCCUGGACUGCAUGACUUUGCUUCUACGUCACGGUGCCAGCCCCCACCCGGUGAGCGACCUGGCAUCUCCCAUCCAUGAAGCUGCUAAGAGAGGCCACGUGGACUGCGUCGAGAUCCUGGCAGCUCACGGAGGCAACCUCAACCUCAACAUCAGCCACCUGGGCACCCCUCUGUAUGUGGCGUGCAGGAAACAGCAGGUGGCCUGUGUCAGGAAGCUUCUGGAGUCAGGAGCAAGUGUGAACGAAGGCCGAGGUCUGGACUCCCCUCUUCACGCAGCGGCCAGGGCAUCCAAUGGGGAGCUGGCCAUCCUGCUCAUGGAUUUUGGAGCGAACCCCCAGGCCAGGAACGCUGAUGGCAAAUGUCCCUUGGAGUUGGUGCCUCCAGAGAGCCCUCUGACUCAGAUCUUCUUGGAGCGUGAAGGGCCUCCUUCUCUGCUGCAGCUGUGCCGCCUUCAAAUCCGGAAGUGCUUCGGAAUCCAGCAGCAUCAUAAGAUCAACGAGCUCUUUCUCCCAGAGGAGCUGAAGCGUUUUCUCCUACACAUGUAAAUGAGAUAUCUCAAAAUCUCAGGGGGAUAUCACAGGCCGCGCACGAAUGUGGUUGAAUGUUGUGGCCACCGGCAUUGUGAAAUAAAUCCAGGUUUAUGAA